ACGAGAGUCAUUUGUUAUACCUUCUAGUGACAUGUAAACAUAGAAAAUACGGUGAAAAAUUAUUUUCGCACGCUGUAAAUAAAAAGUUAUACGUUGAAAUUGUUUUUGUGUUGAUUUCCGAAGAUUUCGUGCGUGUUUAAUUUUCUUCGGGUGAUUUUGUUAACCUUUUUUUUCGCAAUUCGUUUCGGGCCCGGUUUUUGUGUUUUGUUUUAAAAGGUGAUGUGAUUUGUGGAAGAGAGAAGGCCAGGAUGAUUCUGUGAUGUUAUGGAGUGCGGAGUUCAAAGCGCCAUGCUCAGCGUGCCACCAGUGGGGGCGGACGCCGCCGCCGUCAUCCAGCAGGCCGCCAUUCCGCCCGCCGCCCUGUUCGCGCCGCCCGACACCGAUCAGGCGCAGUUCGAGGCCGACAAACGAGCGGUCUACAAACAUCCAUUAUUUCCACUGUUGGCACUGCUUUUCGAAAGGUGCGAGCUGGCAACACAGUCUUCAGAUCCACAAUCUAGCGACGCUUUUAAUUUAGACAUUCAAGCUUUCGUGCAACAUCAAGAGAGGGACCGGAAACCGUUUUUGGCUAACGAGCCGGAAGUGGACGGACUAAUGAUAAAGGCUAUACAAGUAUUAAGGAUACAUUUGUUGGAACUUGAAAAAGUCCAAGAGUUAUGUAAAGACUUUUGUAAUAGGUAUAUAACAUGUUUGAAAGGAAAAAUGCAGUCAGAAAAUUUGCUUAGAUCUGAUUACCCACAAGAUGUAUUAGCAACUGGUCUUUUAAACAACCUUGAAAGUAACAAUAAUAAUAGUAUGAUGUCACAUGGAAAUUCAGAGAGUGGUUCUGAGUCAAAUAGCCCCCUUCAGUAUUCUAUAAGUCCUUCACAACCGGUGGUCCCCCCAAAUAACUCAAUUUUGGAAAGGCCCAUUGAAACGCCUAGUUACCCAAUGACGCAAUACGGGGGGCCAACCCCCCCUCUACAGCCUCAAAAUACCCAUUCACCGCAAGAUAAUAUGGUAGUCCAUGGGUCCACCCCUUUGUCGCAAAUAGGGGCGAAUAUUUGUUCGGUCCCCCCCAGCGAAAGUUCGGGGCCCCUUUCUCCAGCCCCCACCACUCCAGGAGGAUCAGCCGAUGACUGCGAUAGCGAUUUUACCUCGAGGGGCGGCGGGCGCAAGCAAAAAAGGGGCGUAUUGCCAAAACAUGCCACUAGCGUCAUGAGAUCAUGGCUGUUCCAACAUCUUGUGCACCCUUAUCCAACCGAAGACGAAAAGCGCCACAUAGCCGGGCAAACUAACCUUACUUUAUUGCAAGUAAACAAUUGGUUCAUAAACGCGCGCAGAAGAAUAUUACAGCCGAUGUUGGACGCUAGCGCUCCCUCUGGGGACAAUUCCAGUGCUACCAACUCGCCGAGUCACAAAAAGAAAAAGAACCAGAACAAUAACAGGCGCUUCUGGCCGCAGGACUUCGCGAAUAUGCAGCCACAGCUGGACAGCGGCAUGCUGUCGAGUUCCGACGACGAGGGCGACUCCUUUAGCAGUGACGGCGAGGAGGGAAGCUUAGUAAUAGAUCAAGGUGCGCAGGGGAAUGACGUCACACAAAAUGGCCACCAGAGCGAAGCCAUUGGCUACGCGACGAAUCCAGGGGAGGCCGACAACCAAUAGGAGGGCUGUAUUUUGACAUGUAUCUUGUAAUAAGGUAAAGAAACCGUUGUUUUAUGUUUUUUGUCGAAUAAUUUUCGCCAUAUAGAGCAUAGAAUCUCUAUUAAUUGUAAAAGUCACUAAAUAAGGCUGAUUUUUUCAUCUCUACUAUUUUUAAUUGUAUUUUUUUUGUUCAUGGAACUUGUAUACGUAAAUAAUAUACCUCAAUUUUUUAGGACUUAAGGAUUAAGUCCUAAUUUUUAAC